CUCUCGGAGCCUCCUGCGGCGCCAUGUUGGGCCAGAGUAUCCGGAGAACCUCCGUGGUCCGUCGCAGCCACUAUGAGGAGGGCCCGGGAAAGAAUUUGCCAUUUUCAGUGGAAAACAAGUGGUGGUUACUGGCUAUGAUGACUGUUACCUUUGGAUCUGGAUUUGCCGCUCCCUUCUUUAUAGUAAGGCACCAACUACUCAAAAAAUGAGGAUAUUUAAUUCAUUCCUCUAACAGAAUGAAGAUUGUUUAAGAGAUGUGAUCUGAAAAUUGGAUUAAACUCUUGAACUCUUAUUACUAAAUAAAAUUGUAAAUAAACU